AUGGGACGACUCGUUUUCAUCGCGCUUCUCGUGGUUACUGCCGCCGCCGAGUCUGUUCAUUGGCGUGAGUUUUCGAAACGGAAUAUGAGUGUAAUGAGCCAACAAUACUCGUUUAGAAUGGAGAGAAAUCCGUUGUAAGGAAGGUGUGACCAACGAGAACGGCCAGGCAUCGGCUUGCGAGCUGCAGCUCAAGGAGCACGAGAACGAUGAGACUCCACGAGUUGUGCCGUUCAACACUUGCGUCGAUGUGAGUUCGAACCAGAGCCUAUGCUCAUCUAGAUCUUUCUUUAGGAGACUAUCAACGGGGAAGUGAAGACCUACUGUGACCUUCUGUGCCCCGGAGCCGACACCGCCUACAGGUUUGCAUAACUCUCAAGACAUGUUCUUCUUCAUUCUUCGUUCAGAAUCACCCGAUACCCGCAACAACACAAAUCCUGCUUCACCCACCAGACGUAUCGUUUGGAGAAAAGAGAGGACAACUUUUAUCUCUGGAGAUCUGGAGCGUAAGUUUGCGUUCAUUUUCAAACUUUUCACACUCUGCUGUUGUUGCAAACGUUUGAUUGGUCACGACUUAUCAACGACCGUUCGGUCCCGAUCAUUUCCAUUUCAGUUGCCGCACCUCUACGAUCGGAUUCACAAUUCGUUGCGAGUUCAAAUCGGCGCGCGAGGAGUUCCUCUCCGAUCAGGAGCUGUUCCGUGUUGCCAGAAGACUCACCUAA